AUGGAGGGAAUUCACAUGCUGAAAGACCUGCUUCGUCAGGGAGACUUCAUGACAAAAGUCGAUCUGAAGGAUGCCUACUUCACGAUCCCAAUGGACUUGAACGAUCGAAACUGUCUACGCUUUGUGUGGCAGAACAAACUCUACCAGUUCAAUUGCCUGCCCUUCGGUCUGUCGUCAGCUCCGUGGGUCUUUACCAAGACCUCCAGAGCAGUAGUAGUCGUUCUGAGAUCCCUCGGUCUGAGAUUGAUAAUCUACAUAGACGACAUCUUGAUCAUGGCAGAAAGCCAAAGCAAAGCAAUCGACCACACGGGCGGUCUGAUUUUCCUUCUGCAAAAUCUGGGAUUCGUGGUGAACUUCCCGAAGUCGCAACUCACUCCAAGCAAGGAAGUAGAGUUUCUUGGUUUCACGAUAAACUCAGAAACCAUGACAAUGAAACUCCCAGGCGAGAAAUUGAAGAAAACUCGUGCAGAGGCAAGAAAGUUACAUCAGGAGCCUCAUCAAUCAGCGAUUGUGGUUUCUCGCCUUUUGGGCAAACUGAACCAUGCAGCACAAGCAGUGCCGCAAGCUCCUCUGUUUUACAGAAACCUUCAAAACUGUCUCCAAGCCUCCUUGGAGGAGGGCUGUCAGGACUACAAUCAUCCGUGUCCGCUGACAAGAGAAGCCCUGAACGAGCUAUCUUGGUGGAUAAAUCACCUAUCAGAAUGGAACGGUCGGAACCUUUUGUCUCCCAAACCAGACCUGGUGAUAGAAACAGACGCGUCGACAAUUGGUUGGGGUGCGGUGUGUCAGGGCAACCGCACGGGUGGACCUUGGACACACUCGGAAAGAGAGAUGCACAUCAAUUGUCUCGAACUGCUGGCAGCAUUUCUGGCUGUGAAAACCUUUGCGAAAUCUCGCAAAAAUGUUACAAUACUCCUGAGAAUGGACAACACAACAGCAUUGACGUACAUCAACAAGUACGGGGGAACCGUGUCAGCGACCCUGAACCAUCUAACACGAGAUCUGUGGUCAUGGUGCAUGGAGAGGCAGAUAGUUCUGCAGGCGACCCACCUGGCAGGAUCCAAGAAUGUAGUCGCGGACGAGGAAUCGCGGACGAUGAAAGACAGAUCAGACUGGAUGCUUCAUCCAAGAGUUUUUCAAGUAAUCAACAAGAUCAUGGGCCCCCUGGACGUGGACCUGUUUGCAUCUCGGCUGACUCACCAGCUUCCGCUAUUUGCCAGCUGGCGGCCAGACCCCAUGGCAAUGGAAACGAAUGCAUUUUCUCUGGAUUGGACCAGAUAUCACGGAUAUGUGAAUCCGCCAUGGAACCUGAUCGGCAGAACCUUAGCCAAGGUCAAGGAGCAAGAAGCGCAGGUGAUACUGGUUGCCCCGGUGUGGCCCAGUCAGCCAUGGUACCCGCUUCUGCUGGAGCUGUUAAUAGCAGAGCCACUCCUCCUACCGGAGAUGGACAACCUCAUCCAACCCACACACAGUGUGAACAGACCCGACAUAAACCCUCGUCUAGCCGCGUGGAACAUCUGCGGAAAAAGUUCACGAGCAAUGAAGUUUCAACAGAGGCUUCAGACCUCCUCAUCGCAUCGUGGAGAGAGAAGUCUAGUAAGACGUAUGAUUCCUUGUUUAACAAAUGGAGUAGCUGGUGUUCUGAACGGGACUCAGAUCCCUUUUCAAGUGAUGUCUCUGUCAUAA